UAGGCCCAUAAUAUAUGUAAACCGGGCCUGGUUUUCAGUAAAUUAACGGGGACGGCCGCGAGUAUAGGUUGAUUUACAAAAGUUUCACGGCAGGGGGUGUUAGAUCCAAUUUCAAACCGAUCAUCUAGCGAUGGACUUGGCUGAACUGUGGGCGAUUUUCGGGCCGGGUAUCUCCGGUGCUGUUUUCGGCACCGGCUGGUGGUUUUGGGUCGACGCCGUCGUGUGCAGCUCCAUCCAAGUUCCCUUCCUCCAUUACCUUCCCGGCAUAUUCGCAUCUCUCGGAGCACUGAUGUUCAAUUGCGUCAGAAAAGAAGACAUCGAUUACUCUCCUUAUGACGAAGGCGAAUGGAGGUUGAAGCUAUGGCUUUUCAUAGCGUAUGUGGUGGCGUUUGUUUCCCUAGCUGCUUCUGUUGGUUUGCUGAUUCAAGAUUCUGUUGUCAAGACUGGGCCUUCCACCUGGACUGGUGUAGCCGGUGUCUUUCAAUGUGUAUUUGUACUGAUAAGUGGGCUAAUGUAUUGGACGUCACACUCAGAGUAAGCAGACUCGCAGGCACAUACUCCAACGCAGAUGCAUGUGGUGACAACUUACAAAUGUAUCUCGUUUCUUCUUCUUUGUAAAUUCGUGUUUUGUUUGGUCCAGCUUGGUGUUCUGUGCUAGAUUCCUCCAUUGCAUUGGUGUGUGUUUGUUUUAAACUUCGUCGUUCUAAGCUUGGGUUAAGUCCUAGCUUCUUAUGCACAGGAUGGAUAGAUAAAAAUCUUGAACUUUGUUUGAAUGUUAUUGAGAGCUCUACUCUGUCUCCUAUUUGCAUUGGCGUGAAAGAUUGGCAACAUUUACUGG